GAGGAAGCCACGUGGCCCAACAGUAACUGUUGCAAAAGCAAAACCCAAAUGGUUGGUACCACACCCACCAAGCAGCCCAGCCAGCCAGACCAAGAGGGAGGCCAUGACCACCAAGACUACCAGCAAGGCUUUGUGAAUACACACUCCUAGUUAUAUUAAGUUAUUUGUUUGUCAAGUCUCAUUUCUCGCUCUGUAUCACGCCCGCCACAUGUACGAGCUUGUUCAAAAUGAAUCAACCCAACGUUUUUCAGGUGCUCUGUCUUGUCCUGCCUCCGCUACUGCUACUGCCAUUUUCCCCGUGCAGGCUGAUUGUCCGCCCACUCCAACUAUCUCAUAAGAGUCAAUUGGCACUAGCUAGCUAGUAAAAAUUGUAGGGCCCAGCAACAGAUGGCUGCAGUAGCUAGUUAGUGGUUUCAAUCUAAAAGCCUUCAUCAGGAGAGACCACCUGAGGCUGGCCUCUUCCACUGGUCAAUCCUGUCAAUACCCAAGCAAGAAACACCUUACUUCAUUACCUUGAUACUAGUAGUGUUUCCACCGCUGCUUGUCCUUGGCUGGGAAAAGCUGGCUGAGCUACGGUAGUAGCACUCGAGUAGUAGUACUCAAGUAGCUCGCUAUCAGAUUUUGUUUGUCUCCUCUUUGUCUCUGUCUGUCGCACUUUUUAUCCCUACAGCUCUUAGGAAAGCUUGUGGAGGCGUUGGGGUGGGGCAAUGUGCUUGCCUUGAGAGAUGUGAUGGCUGCAUAUGGCUGACAAACAAUCCUAUCACUAUGGCCGACAGUUAAUGUUUUGCAAAGGCCGCUCGAGGAUCGAGGGUAAACGCCAAGCGUCGGUGGAUCGAUCUGAUUGAAACAUUCCUGCAUUCCUGGUUCCGUGUGACCACACCAUCAUAGCGGCACCGGUGGUAUCAGCAGGCCAGUGAAGCGACAUUGUGCUUCCUGGUACCUCCCAGAAUCUCCAAUCGGCACCAGCAGCAAACUUAACAUGGGGAUACUGUUGGGCAUGUACCGGUAGCCCUGUGGGCUGCAUGGGUAUGACUGUUUUACACCUGGAGUAGCAAUAUCUCAUCAGUUGCCGAUUGCCUUCCCUGUAUCGGUAACGGUGAUAGCCGAAUCACUCUCCUUAGGAAAGUCAAUGUUUCCGCCGUUCUUGGGGUGCGUCAAGCCAGUUAAGGCGAGGAUACAAUAGAAGUAUUGGUGCGUCUCUGUUUGGCAAUCGUAGCUUUCCUGGUGAACUCGGAGUGGAGCGAAAGAUCGGCCGUCAUUCAUCCAAUGACAUCUUCAUCCUCGUACCCAGCAUGUGUGUUCCGGUACGUAGACCGGGACUGCUCUGCUCAUCAAAACCGUUGCCUGUGCUGUGCGGGAUUUGACCGUUGCUCCGAGUGGGAGCUGUUGUCACCCACACACAUUCUUUUUGAAUUUGGCUAUCGCGUAAAUUGCUUGAGCAGAGCACAGGCCUCGAAUCGUAUGUAUUUUCAGACUAAUUCUGUGCUAAACCAUUCAUCGUGGGAGUCUCAUUACCCCGCUGACCUCUCCAAUUUUUCUCCCGGCAGUGUUCCGCAAAAGCUUCCAGGUGCUCGCCAUGGACAUUUUUCAUCGGUUCAGUUUGCCACGACAAAACCCGAGAUUGGUUAUCUUGGGUUUUUGCUCCGUGUGCUUUGGGGCAAUCGCCGCCUCGCCUCUCUGUCAUUGCUGGACCCAGAAAAACCUGAAAGAUCUCAUAGUUGUUGCUUCCGAAAGCUAGAAAGCGUAUGACAUACAAUACAACGCACAAGAUACAAGAUCCGAUAAGAAACAAACAACAACAUGUAUGAUUGGGAAGAAGAAGAAUCUAGUCAUUGCGACGGGGACUAUGAUGAUUGCCACGCUUCGUUGACACAUGAUGAGAUUGCUGAUGGCGGCAAGCCCACAAGACCUUUGGAGUUCCCCACUCCGAUUGUCUAUCAGGGAAGGCUGACCAGUAUCACAGCAUUCGACCACCGCACUGGUGUUGAAUACCACCUGAAGAACGUAUUGGCGCGAACUGGAGAUGCGACGACAGCUUACUUGUUGAAGAAGAAGAUUGCAAAGACCGCCUAUGGGUUUAUCAAGCUCGGCGUGGUUCUAAAGCGAACACCUGAUGAAACCAAUGGAAGUCUCUUUCAAGCGAAGUGGCAGAGCACUGAAGAAUUCGUCGCCAUCAAGAUAUCUUCGUGGGCCAGGAUCCAAGCGAUGAGGGGUAGACACUUAGAAGACCCCAUCAAGGAGAUUUCAGUUUUGCAACUCAUUGGCAACGGCAGCGCAGCGGAACACCACGUUUUGGGGUGCAAUGAAGUCCUUCAGGAUGCGGAACAUUUGUACACCGUCAUGCCAUACUGUUCCGGAGGAGAACUCUACAGCAAGUUUGAUACCUCAAGUGCUCAGAUGUACCCAGACGAAGAGGAGGCGAGACGAUACUUUGGACAAUUGACAAAGUCGCUCUUCUUCCUACAACGAAAAGGAAUCUGCCACCGCAAUUUGUGCCUGGACAACAUGUUGUUGGAUGCCGACGACAACCUUGUCCUGAUUGAUUCAGGCCUCUCCCUCCGCAUCCCCUACAACGAUCCAUGCAACAUGGAUGGUGUCACGGAUGUGUCUGAGGGGUCCAUCCGACGGCUGAUGCGAUCCCAGGGGCAGUGUGGUGCUCUCAUGUACCUCGCGCCUGAAAUGCUAGAUCAAAGGCCUUUCGACGGCCACGCAACAGACUUGUGGGCUGCAGCCGUUACCCUCUUUGUAAUGCUGGUCGGUGUUGCCCCUUUCUCCCUUGCCCAACGCGCGGACCCGAGAUUUAAAGUCAUUACCAGUGGAGGACUCAAGGACUAUUUGCAGGGCUUGGGCGUUUCGUUGAGUCCGGAGGCGCUGGACCUGUUACAGGGCAUGCUGCGGGCGAAUCCAAGGGAACGUUUUACGCUUGCGGAUGUAAUGGACCACCCUUGGGUUUUGGGCGAGCGCUUCCCCAUGGAAAAUGCCCCAGCCAUGGCUCCAAUGGCGACCGUCUUUGAGUCUGACCUUUCGGAAGGCAAAGAUGAAGAUGCGGCCUCUCAAGCGACCACCGUGGAUGAGACCUCAGAUUGCAGCACGGUUGAACACGAGGACAACCAACAGAUAAUCGCAACUGCACCUCCUAAGGGUCAUCGCCGGAAGCUCUCAGAGGGGGCGAGGGAUCUUGUAGGGAAAUUCAAGCUCCUGCUACAAAAGAAACGAGCACCCGAGAAUCUUCGGGCUUCUGUCUGAACGUCAAAACGCAACAUUUGUAACAAUAAGCAGCUGUACUUUAUACAUCAAGUUUUUGUACCCAUCCUCCUCGUCGUCACUCUUGUUGGCCAGUCAUAUUACCAGUAUGCCUUCUAGUA